AUGUCUUUUCCGUGCGAAAUCGACGAUACGAACGCGGAGGAGGACCUAUUCGCCGGCAGCGGAUAUUCGCAACAACUGCGAGAUUUCGACAGUGAAACAAUUGAGCACAACGCACUAGCGUUGGCCGCCCAAGUUAACGACGACUCCUUUUCGUUGGCGCCCAUGAGCCAGGAAUUGUUCGCCGAACCAGACAGCAUGCUUCAGUUACGGUGCUCGCAGGACCCGACCGGUAAAUACCCGUUGGUGGAAGAACUCUCUAUCAGUGGUGUAGAUUUCUCGGUCGAACUGUCCGGUACCGAAGGAUCAGGCUGGGUGUACUCGAACAUUGCCAAAAAACUGUUCGUUAAAAUCGAUAGCUUUUGCUCGUUCUCUGCAAAUUUGAGCCCGAAGUUGAUCGGACAAGGUUGGCAUGUGCGUGCCAUGUUACUAUCGACGGUGCCAGACUCUUACCACGAGCCCAUCCAGCGUUGUCCCAAUCAUCGUGCGAAAGAUGACGAGAAACACAAGGACAUAACCAUGCAUGUAAUACGGUGUGCGAACGAGCAUUCGCGUUAUGUGGGAAAGGACGGUGGGACCUUAUUCGAAGAGCGCUGUGCGGUGUUGCUACCCAUGGAAAAGGACAACCACAACGUUAUGAUUACGGUGCAGUUCGUGUGCCAAAAUACGUGCUUUAAGCAGAUCCGAAAGACGGGCAUCGUGUUCACGCUCGAGGACGCCAUCGGCUGCGUUUGGGGACGUCGAGUGUUUGCGGUGAAAAUUUGCACCAACUUUCGGCGCGACAUGCUGAACGAGGAAAAGGUGCUACGUCACGUCAAUGCGCCCAACAUCUUCACAGCCCAAACCUCCGCCAAUCGACCGCGUAACCGUGCCCGAGGGUUUGGAAAACAUGGAGCCAGAAAUGGCAGCGCCGGAGCAAUCGUGCCGAAACGAGAACGGCUCGAAAUCGAGUCUUGCACGGUAAGCCUGGAGAUGCCCAGCAUGCGAAUGGCGAAGCGGGUCAAUGAUUACGCAAUCGGAAUGAUUUCGGCGUCGGUUCUACGGGCAACUAGCGAUGAACAAAAGGCGAAACUGAUGGGGUACCUUGACAAGAUACGCCAAGACAGUCGGUCGCUUUUCAUUGGCAACAGUCAGUGUAGCAUCGAAAGCGACAUUCUAUAGCAGGCUGUGCCAGUGUCAAAGAGGGAGGAAAACAUAAUUCAUUUUUUUUACUAAUGUUCUUUUCAUCUUAAAACUGUAUUUUCGAUCGUAUGCUGUAUUAUUGCUUUGA